AUGAACGACCUCCACACCGUCCAUCCCAUGUACCAGUUCUCUCUGAAGGCAUUUAGCAUCGUGUUUCAGAAAGCCAUUGAGAGGGCACCUCCAGAUGAGAGCCUUGCAGCACGUGUGCUGAACCUCAUUGACAGCAUUACCUUCUCCGUCUUCCAGUACACAACCAGAGGGCUAUUUGAGUGUGAUAAAUUGACCUACACCACUCAAGUUACCUUCCAGAUACUUCUGAUGAAUAAAGAAAUCAACACAGUAGAACUGGAUUUCUUACUAAGAUACCCAGCACAGACCAGAGUCACAAGCCCUGUGGAGUUCCUGUCUAAUCACUCCUGGGGAGGAAUCAAGGCUCUCUCGUCCAUGGAGGAAUUCAGAAACCUGGAUCGGGAUAUUGAGGGGUCUGCAAAAAGGUGGAAGAAGUUUGUUGAAUCUGAGUGUCCUGAAAAGGAGAAGUUCCCUCAGGAAUGGAAGAACAAGUCAGCUCUGCAGCGCCUGUGCAUAAUGAGAGCCAUUCGACCCGAUCGCAUGACCUAUGCUGUCAAAGAUUUUGUAGAAGAAAAGCUUGGCAGUAAAUAUGUGGUAGGGAGAUCCCUGGAUUUUGCAACAACCUUUGAGGAAUCAGGACCUGCAACACCAAUGUUUUUUAUCCUGUCCCCAGGAGUCGACCCACUGAAGGAUGUGGAGAAACAAGGGAAGAAACUUGGUUAUACAUUUAACAACAGGAAUUUCCACAAUGUUUCCCUUGGACAAGGUCAAGAGGUAGUUGCUGAACAAGCUCUAGAUCUGGCUGCGAAGGAGGGUCACUGGGUCAUCCUUCAGAACAUUCAUCUGGUGGCCAAGUGGCUGAGUUCUCUGGAGAAGAAGCUGGAGCAGCACAGUGAGGGCAGUCACCAGGAUUUCCGUGUCUUCAUUAGCGCGGAGCCAGCACCCUCCCCUGACAGCCACAUCAUUCCCCAGGGCAUCCUGGAGAACUCCAUCAAAAUCACCAACGAGGCCCCAACUGGGAUGCAAGCAAACCUUCACAAAGCCCUCGACAACUUCAACCAGGAUACCCUGGAGAUGUGCAGCCGGGAGAAUGAAUUCAAGAGCAUCCUCUUUGCCCUCUGCUAUUUCCAUGCUGUUGUGGCAGAAAGGCGCAAGUUUGGCCCCCAAGGCUGGAACCGUUCCUACCCCUUUAACACUGGAGAUCUCACUAUCUCAGUGAACGUGCUGUAUAAUUACCUGGAGGCCAGCUCAAAGGUCCCAUAUGAUGAUUUACGUUACCUCUUUGGUGAGAUUAUGUACGGAGGUCACAUUACAGAUGACUGGGACAGGCGGCUUUGCAAAACCUAUUUGGAAGAAUUUAUUAAGCCAGAAAUGCUGGAGGGAGAACUCCUCCUUGCUCCAGGAUUCCCCCUCCCAGGGAACAUGGACUAUAAUGACUAUCAUCAGUACAUAGAUGAUGCCUUGCCUCCAGAAUCACCUUAUCUGUAUGGUCUCCAUCCCAAUGCUGAGAUUGGCUUUCUUACCCAGACCUCAGAGAAGCUGUUCCGCAUCAUGUUGGAGAUGCAGCCCCGGGACACCAGCAUGGGUGAAGGAGGAAUGGUGACCAGAGAAGAAACGGUGAAAGCCCUUCUGGAAGAUAUGUUAGAGAAAUUGAUGGAUGAGUUUAACAUUGCAGAACUGAUGGCAAAGGUGGAGGAGAGGACGCCCUAUGUUGUGGUUGCCUUCCAGGAAUGUGAGCGCAUGAACAUCCUCACCAGUGAAAUAAAGCGCUCACUCAAGGAACUGGAUCUGGGGCUGAAGGGAGAACUGACCAUGACAAGUGACAUGGAGAACUUGCAGAAUACCCUCUUCUUGGACAUGGUGCCUGAGUCCUGGGUAAAGAGGGCUUACCCUUCCACAGCCAGCCUGGGCACAUGGUUUGCUGACCUCCUCACUCGCAUCAAGGAGCUGGAGGCCUGGACAGGAGACUUUUCCUUACCCUCCACAGUGUGGCUUGCUGGAUUCUUCAAUCCCCAGUCUAUCUUGACAGCCGUCAUGCAAUCCACAGCCCGAAAGAAUGAGUGGCCUUUGGACAAGAUGACCUUGCACUGCGAUGUGACAAAAAAGAGCAGAGAAGAUUUUGCCAGUCCUCCUCGGGAAGGGGCAUAUGUCCAUGGUUUGUUCAUGGAGGGUGCACGCUGGGAUGCACAGGCUGGGAUAAUCACAGAUGCCAGGCUCAAGGAACUAACCCCGACCAUGCCUGUCAUUUUCAUAAUUUUUUUUGACAAACAAGAUAUUCGUAGUAUGUACCCAUGUCCUGUAUACAAAACACGCCAAAGAGGAACAACUUAUGUGUGGACUUUUAACCUUAAAUCUAGAGAAAAUCCUUCCAAGUGGGUGCUCGCUGGUGUGGCAUUACUGCUACAGAUCUAGGUUUACCAGUAGAGCACCUCGUUUUCAAACCCUUAACAACAUCUUUCUCAG